AUAAUAUCGGAAUAGAAUAUUUGAAAAGGUUAAUGUCUAAAAAAUAGCUCGAUAUCGCUAAGGUCAAGACCUCGUACAAUUUUGAUCGAAUAUGAAUUGAUUAUCGCAAUUCACAUUUACUCUUUUCCCUAGUUAUUUUCAUAAGAUAUCAGGAUUAAUAAUUUGAAUGAAGGAAGAUAAAAAUCGAGAACUGGUCAUCAUUUAUUCUAUUCGAUGUGUCUGUUGACCACACUUUAGUUUGUUGCCAUCUUCAGUAGAAAGAAGAAUGGAUUCUGUUUUGGCCAAUCUUCAAACUUCGUGUAUUUCCAACAUGGAUACGCAAUCUGGAAACCUUCUACUAAUUCUACUGAACACACUUCUCGCUAGUCAAUGUGCUUUGAUGAACCCCAACAACUACCCUGAGGACAGAGGUCCAACAAUUGAAGAUGGCAGCCACUUUGAUUUCAUAGUAGUAGGUGCAGGAUCAGCUGGUUCAGUUGUCUCUUCAAAAUUAGCGGAAGAAAAGAAGUGGAAGAUUCUUCUCUUAGAAGCAGGUGGCAUCCCUUCGGUAACAUCUGAGAUUCCGCUGUUGGCUGAGAACACCAUCAAGCUAGAGGAAACCAGAAAGUUCUACACAGAACAAAGUGAAAAAUCUUGUCUUGGCAUGAAAAAUGGAUCUUGUAUAUGGCCACGAGGACAAGUACUUGGAGGAUGCAGUACCCUCAACAGUAUGAUAUACAUAAGAGGUAACAAAAAUGACUACGAUAGUUGGGCAAGGUCAGGGAACCAAGACUGGAGCUUUCAGGAAGUCCAGAAACAUUACAAAGCAAUCGAAAAAUAUCUCCAAGCAAAAUCUUACAACUAUGGGCAAGACGGAAGACUGCCACUGACUAAAUACAGCGUUAACGAAACUAUACGUGAUGUUAUAUUAGAAGCAGCGAAGGAAAUGAAUCUGGAAGUACAAGAAGAGGAUGGCAAGUUAGGUUUUCUUGAAGCCCCUCUCAACACUGAUGGAAAAACCAGAGCUAACCUAGCGAAGGUUUUUCUUGGAAGCGUUAAAGAUUCUGAACAUUUGACUCUAGCCACGAAAGCUACUGUUCAAAGAAUCAUCAUUAACUCGGAGAAGAAACAAGCAGAAGGGGUCGAAGUACUUAUUGGUAGUAGAAAAUUGCGAUUAUACGCAGAUAAAGAAGUUAUUCUUUCUACUGGGGCUUUGAACAGCCCACAGCUUCUGAUGUUGAGCGGUAUAGGACCUGAGAAAGACCUACAAAAACACGGGAUCGAAGUUAUCCAGAAUCUUCCAGUGGGAAAAAAUCUUCAGGAUCAUCUCAUGUUCAUCGUUUACUCAAAAUUGAACGACCAAGCGAUUAAAAUCAAGAACGAAAGGGAAAAUCUCGAUGAAUUAUAUAAAUAUUUUGCACACGGAGAAGGCGAACUGUCUACCAUAAGCAUAACGAACAUACAGGGUUUCAUAAACACUAAGAACAAUUCAAAGUAUCCUGACAUCCAGAUGACCUUCGGAAUGGUUCCCAAAGGAGAUAAUUUCUUCGAGGAGAUCUACUCGGACAAUAUCAAUCUGAACCAAGAGACAUCGAGGAAUAUUAUCGAGUUCAGUCGAGAGAAUAACAUACUGAUGAGUUUGGUUGUAUUGUUACAACCAAAAUCUAGAGGAGAAGUACUGUUGAAAACAACGAAUCCUUCAGAUAAUGUUGCUGUUCAUACUGGGUACCUCACAGAUCCACUCGAAGAAGAUUUGGAAACCAUGCUAAAAGGCAUUCGUUUCGCUCAGGAUCAUUUGAGCACUGCAGCUUUCCAGAAACUUGACCCUGUGGUCCUAGACGUUGGAAUACCGAAUUGUAAGGAGUUACAGUUUGAUUCUGAUGACUACUGGAAAUGCGCUGUACGAAAUCUUGGUACAACUAUAUACCAUCCGACAUCUACUUGUAAGAUGGGACCGGAGGAGGAUGAAGGGUCAGUGGUUGACUCAAGAUUGAUGGUUCGCGGUGUGAAAAAUCUGAGAGUGAUUGACGCAAGUAUUAUGCCCAAUAUAAUCAGUGGAAAUACUAAUGCUCCUUCCAUAAUGAUCGGACACAAAGGAGCCCAGAUGAUUGUAGAGGAUUACAAGCAGAAACACGCUGAAUUGUGAUUGUUCAAACGCUUUAGAAACACAUAUUGAUGCAGCAAAUAUCGAGCAGUUACAAAAUCGUGAAGGUCCAUCUAUGAAUAUUUUAUUAUUACAUCGAUAUAGCUGAGUUUGAGAAGAAAUUAGGCGAGAUUUAUUUUCCCAACAUAGGUACAUAUUAUAAGUGUAAAAGUGUUUUGUUGUAUGUAUUUUAGAAUUUUUCUAUUAAAAUAUAUUUUGUACUGAAGUUA